CGCAGGGUGGGGCUUCUCGGGGGUGGGGCUCUUGCCUCUGUGUCCGUGGCAAGCGAUCCCGUUAAGUCUGAGCUGACCAUGGCGACGCGCGCGUGGAAGCUAGUGGCCACGCUGCUGGCCGUCGCUACCGCUGCCUGCAGGGCAGAGGUGGAGUCCGAGACGGGAUGGGACCUAGCGGCGCCCGAUCUGCUCUUCACCGAGGGGACCGCGGCCUACGCACGCGGGGACUGGGCGGGCGUGGUGUUGAGUAUGGAGCGGGCACUGCGCUCUCGGGCCAGCCUGCGCGCCCUCCGCCUGCGCUGCCGCACUCGCUGCGCCGCCGACCUCCCGUGGGAGCUUCGCCCGGACUCGUUCCCGAGCCUGGCGCAGGCCUCGGGGGCCGCCGCCCUGCACGACCUGCGCUUCUUCGGGGGCCUGCUGCGCCGCGCCGCCUGCCUGCGCCGCUGCCUGGGGCCGCCGGCCGCCCACUCGCUCAGCGAGGAGCUGGAGUUGGAGUUCCGCAAGCGGAGCCCCUACAACUACCUGCAAGUCGCCUACUUUAAGAUAAACAAGUUGGAGAAAGCUGUCGCAGCAGCGCACACGUUCUUCAUGGGCAAUCCUGAGCACAUGGAGAUGCGGCAGAACUUAGACUAUUACCAGAGCAUGUCUGGGGUGAAGGAAGAAGACUUCAAGGAUCUUGAGGCCAAACCUCAUAUGCAGGAGUUUCGGCUAGGAGUGCGACUCUACUCAGAGGAACAGCCACAGGAAGCUGUGCCCCAUCUAGAGGCCGCCUUGCAAGAGUACUUUGUAGCUGACGAGGAAUGUCGUGCCCUCUGUGAAGGACCCUAUGACUACGAUGGCUAUAACUACCUUGAAUACAAUGCUGACCUCUUCCAGGCUAUCACAGAUCAUUACAUCCAGGUCCUCAGCUGUAAGCAGAACUGUGUCACUGAGCUUGCAUCCCACCCAAGUCGAGAGAAGCCCUUUGAAGACUUCCUCCCAUCUCAUUACAAUUACCUACAGUUUGCCUACUAUAAUAUUGAGAAUUAUACACAAGCAAUUGAAUGUGCCAAAACCUACCUCCUCUUCUUUCCCAAUGAUGAGGUGAUGAACCAGAAUCUGGCGUACUAUACUGCCAUCCUGGGAGAAGAACAAGCCAAAGCCAUUGGGCCACGGGAGAGAGUCCAGGAAUACCAGCAGCGAAGCCUACUAGAGAAACAGCUGCUUUUCUUCGCUUAUGAUGUCUUUGGAAUUCCCUUUGUGGAUCCGGAUUCAUGGACUCCAGAAGGGGUGAUUCCCAAGAGGUUGCAAGAGAAACAGAAGUCAGAACGGGAAACUGCAGUCCGCAUCUCCCAGGAGAUUGGAAACCUCAUGAAGGAGAUUGAGACCCUCGUGGAAGAGAAGACCAAGGAGUCGCUGGAUGUGAGCAGGCUGACCCGAGAAGGCGGCCCCCUGCUAUACGAAGGAAUCAGUCUCACCAUGAACUCCAAAGUCUUGAAUGGCUCCCAGCGGGUGGUGAUGGAUGGUGUCAUCUCCGAUGAUGAGUGCCGGGAGCUGCAGAGACUGACCAAUGCAGCAGCAACUUCAGGAGAUGGCUACCGGGGUCAGACCUCCCCACACACCCCAAGCGAAAAGUUCUAUGGUGUCACUGUCUUCAAAGCCCUCAAGCUGGGACAGGAAGGGAAAGUCCCCCUGCAGAGUGCCCACCUGUACUACAAUGUGACAGAGAAGGUGCGACGCAUCAUAGAAUCCUACUUCCGCCUGGACACUCCCCUCUACUUCUCCUACUCCCACCUGGUGUGCCGCACUGCCAUUGAAGAGGCCCAGGCUGAGAGGAAGGAUGAUAGCCACCCAGUCCACGUGGACAACUGCAUCCUGAACGCCGAGGCCCUUGAAUGCAUCAAGGAGCCCCCUGCCUAUACCUUCCGGGACUACAGUGCCAUUCUUUACCUCAAUGGAGACUUCGAUGGAGGGAACUUCUAUUUCACUGAACUAGAUGCCAAGACCAUGACGGCAGAGGUGCAGCCCCAAUGUGGAAGGACUGUGGGAUUCUCUUCAGGCACUGAAAACCCACAUGGAGUGAAGGCUGUCACCAGGGGGCAGCGCUGUGCCAUUGCCCUGUGGUUCACACUGGAUGCUCGGCACAGUGAGCGGGACAGGGUGCAGGCUGAUGACCUGGUGAAGAUGCUCUUCAACCCUGAAGAGAUGGACCUCCCACAGGAACAGCCCCAGGAAACAGAGCAAGGCCCUCCCCAACCUUCAGAAGCAUCGCUCUCCAGCCCAGAGUCAGGGCACAAGGAUGAGCUCUGACAGUCUGCAGCCCACAUAAACUGGGAGACUAAACCAACCAUGAUGAACUCUACACCUUGGGCUGCCAGCCCCAAGGACCACAGAGCAGUGGGGAAUUCACUGCUGCCCACUGAGGAGACCCUGUUCCCCACAGUGCCACACUCUUGAAGUAGACAUUGCAAGACGGCCCACUCUACUCUAGGCCUAAGUGAAGGCUCAGGAUACAGGCCCAGAGCCAGCCCUGGGCCCCCUGCACAGGACAGUGAUGCAGUAUUUAAGCGUCUGUGUAGACAACCACAGAAUAAAUGACUUAUGUUUUUUUUUAA